CGACAAAGUGCGUUCGUGGUGAGUAGAUUACGUCGGCGUGCUACUGUGAACCACCGCGAAGCGAGGCGAGUGAGCGAACACCGUGCGCCGCGUUGAGACCUUCGGCUUAUAUCGCGUAGUAUCGGCCACGGUCGCAGUGUAGUGGCCAUAGUUCGAGCCGCCGUGUUCUACUCGAUGGCCUGUACUGGUACCAGAGCGCUGUAGUGCUUGUUGUGCGAUCGCGAUCGUCAGGAAAAAUCCCAGAACCAGAACGAGUGAUACGCGGGGAGUCGAGACCGGUCGAAAAGUCCGUAGAAACCGAGCACAACACAACACAAACGAUGGCAGACACCGGGGAGAGUGCGUCACCGUCGGUCGUCCCAUUGACCGACAGCGAGGGUGAUGAAGCUCGCUCGCCGAAAGACAAAGGUCUGUGGCGCGAUCUCGUUGCCUACUGGAUACUGGGGCUGUGCAACAACUACGGCUACGUGGUGAUGUUGACGGCCGCACACGACAUUCUCAAAGAGCUGGAGGAUGAAGACGAGCACGCCAAGCACGCGGCCCUGAAUGCUCAGUACAGUGCCCUCAACACGACGGCUCGGUCGGAUGAUGUUACCUUCGGUUAUGAGUCGCGGCCCUGUAACAAGCUCUCAACCGGGGCUAUUCUGCUUGCGGACAUCCUACCGGCGCUGGCCGUCAAAUCGAUUGCAUCGUUCUUCCCGCUGGCCAAACACAUUCGCGUUUCGCUAUGUGUUGCUGCGGCCGCUGCGGGCUUCCUGCUGACGGCGUUCGCCACCACCCAGUGGGUGCUCUUCCUUGGGGUGAUAGCGACCUCGUUCUCGUCCGGUCUCGGCGAGGCAACGUUCCUGGCGUACGCGACGUAUUUCAACAAGAACGUGAUAUCAACGUGGUCAUCCGGAACGGGCGGUGCUGGUAUCGCCGGAUCUCUCUCCUACACCGGGCUCACCGAGCUGGGACUGACACCGAAGACCACCAUCCUCAUCAUGCUGGUAGUGCCGGCCCUUGAAGCGGUCGCAUUUUGGGUGUUGUUGCGCCACAAGGACACCGACAAACCGGCGGUGAUGGCCGAUGACAAGGAGAAAGCCGAAGAGAUCGACUACAGCACGCUACCGGAAGAGGAACGACCGCUGGAGAACUGGAAUCAGAAGCUGCGCUACAUUCCAUCGCUCUUCAUCUUCAUGAUACCGCUGAUCUUGGUGUAUCUGCUGGAGUACUUCAUUAACCAGGGUUUGUUCGAGCUGGUGUACUUCCCUGGCAUUUGGUUGUCGCAAUCGGGCCAGUACCGUUGGUAUCAGGUGAUCUACCAGAUCGGUGUGUUUAUAUCGCGAUCCUCCGUCAAUUUGGUGCAGUUCCGGCACGUGUGGAUCAUGGCCGUGUUCCAGUUCAUCAACGUGGUGUACUUUACGUUUGAAGCCGUCUACUUCUUCACGCCCUCGAUCUGGAUCAUCUUCGUGCUGAUCCUGUGGGAGGGGUUGCUUGGGGGUGGUGGCUACGUCAACACCUUCUACCGUCUGCAGACGGAGGUACCGGCCGCACGCCGCGAGUACGCCAUGAUGGUUACGUCCAUCUCCGACUCGGUCGGCAUUGCGCUUGCCGGUGUUGCUGCCAUACCGUCGCACAAUGCAAUCUGUGAUCUGCCGGUGCCCGAUCGGUUGUUGUAGACUGACUGGUUGUUUGCUUACUGACCAAAUAAAGCGAGUUUGUACGAGAACCAA